AUGGACCCUCGUUCCCGAGCUUGCUACAAUUGUGCGUUAUCUUUCCCCGAGGCCCGCUCUUCGCCUGCAACUUCAGCUAAGGACUGCCCAAAGAAGGGAACUCCUACUUGCUACAACUGCGGCGGUGAGGGCCAUGUCAACCGUGAAUGCCCCAACCCCCCUAAGGAGCGUACUUGCUACCGUUGCGGUCUGACUGGCCACCUGUCCCGAGAAUGCCCCCAGGCUGGUAACAGCGGUGGUUUCCCUGGUGGUGGCUCUCAGGAGUGCUACAAGUGUGGCCAGGUUGGCCACAUCGCUCGCAACUGCUCCCAGGGCGGCAGCUAUGGUGGCGGUGGCUACGGCGGUGGCUACGGUGGACGCCCCCAGACUUGCUAUUCCUGCGGUGGAUUCGGCCACAUGGCUCGUGACUGCACCCAAGGCCAGAAGUGCUACAACUGUGGUGAGGUUGGCCAUGUUUCCCGUGACUGCACCUCCACCGAAGUCCGUGGCGAACGUGUGUGUUACAAGUGCAAGCAGCCUGGCCACGUCCAGGCUGCCUGCCCCAACUAA